AUGCCACCCGACGAACCCACCCAGUCGACGGUGCGGCCGAGCAUGUCGCGGAUCCCCCGCGCCUUCAACGGCCGCCUCACCCUGUCCGUCCUCCUGAUCGCCCUGUCGCAGGUCAACUUUGGCCUCGACCUGGGCAUCUUUUCCGGCUCGCAAGCCUUCCCGGCCUUUGCGCGCGACUUUGGCGCCUUGAACCCCACGCUCGAGCCCCCGCGCCACGAGGUCGAGCCCUACUUCCUGUCGCUGCUCAACAGCCUCCCCUACGUGGACUUCAUGUUGGGCAUGGCGCAGGGGAGCUUGGUCAGCGCGAGGUGGGGCCGCAGGACGACACUGCAGGCCAUGUGCGUCUGGGCCGUGGUCGGGGCUACGGUCUGCGUCACGGCAGAGUCGAGGGUCGCCGUGCUGCUGGGGAGGUGUAUCGCUUACGUCUACAUUGGCAUGGAGAUGGCCGUCGUGCCGGUGAUGCAGUCUGAGAUUGUCCCACCGCAUGUGAGGGGAUUCAUAGUGGCGACGUACCACACUGGUAUUGGGAUUGGCACCCUGAUCAGCGCACUCAUCGUCAAGGGCGCCAGUGAGGUCGAGGGCGACUCUUCCUACAGAAUCACCUUUGGGUGCUUGUACAUUAUCCCGUGCCUUAUUUUCCCCUGCUUGUUCUUCAUCCCCGAGUCACCACGCUGGUAUCUACUCAAAGGUCGAGAACAAGACGGCCUCGAAGCAUUGCGAAAGUUGCGAGUCGGUCGCUUCUCGGACAAAGAGAUCCUGGAAGAAUUCGAGAGCUACAAGAGCACAAUCAGCAUGUCGAACGGUACCUUUAAAGAGACGUUCGAGGGCGCCAACAGACGGCGGACUCUGAUAGUGAUCGGCACAAACAUGCUCCUGCAUCUUACAGGUCUCAGCUUCAUCACCAACUACGGUACCAUCUUUAUUCAGAUGCAGGAUGCCUUCAACCCCUUUUCCAUAAAGAUCAUCACCUCGGUCUUGACGGUGGUGGAGUGCAUUCUAAGUCAGUUUCUGGUGGACUUUGUUGGUCGUCGCCCCCUGAUGCUGUUUGGAUCGAUCUGGCAAACUCUAGGCCUGUUCUGCAUGGGCGCCCUCGGCACCGUCAACAACCCACCCCUGUCCAUCCGCAACGGAAUUAUAGCCCUCAUGCCUCUUUUCCAAGCCGGCUUCAACAUCGGCUGGGGUGCGCACAUGCACGUCGUGGUGGCCGAGAUCCCGACCCUGCGGCUACGCGACAAGACUUACGCCAUGGGAGCGGCGUGCAACAUCGCCGUUCAAUUUCUCACCUCGUUCAGCGUCACGUACCUCAUUCACGCGCAGUAUGCCAGCCUCGGAUCCAAGGUCGGCUUCGUCUUUGGCGGCUUUUGCUUGCUGAGCGUCUUGUUCACGUGGUUCUUCAUCCCAGAGUGCACGGGCAAGACGCUCGAGGAGAUCGACCGGCUGUUCAUUGCUGGGGUCAGUAUACGCGACUUCAAAAGUGCCUCCUUGGGCGGAUCCAUGGCGGGGCGGCAGGGUGGCUGUAGUGAGGAUCACGGCAGGCCGCCGGGCCUGGAAUUGAAGCGUGGAGUCGAGGAGCCACGGGGCAGCGAUCUGUUGAAGGGCGGGAUUGCUAGUGAUGUGCAGCCGGCUCGCUGA